AUGAGCCGCAAGUUGAAUACGAGGAGUAAUAAUACUUCUCACGCAACGCGACAUCAUUCUGUGAAUAGACAUAAAAAUCCUUCUUCAUUUUCUCGGACACCGUCAUCAGUUUGCUUUUCGAGAUCUACCUCCUCAAACAGCUUGCCUGCAGAGUUUCAGUCCACUAAUCCUAUCUCCAAGACUCAGGUGACACACGUGGGGUCGAAGAGUGCCUUUGAGGAAACAAAGACACCCCCGUCGUUGCCAGCUUCUUAUACAGUUUCAUCCUCUGCAAUGAAUGUAAAUAACGGCAAUAAGCCCCGUGUGCGUCCCCUGAACCCAGCUGCAAAAGAGUUCAAGCUCCCUACGAACGGCACUCCAUAUCUGUACGGUAGUGUAUUACCAGACCCAAAAGAAGUCUCUCUUUUUGCUAUGCCAUCACAGCGCCUGGUCUCCAACAUGCCGACCCAAGCCUCUGCCAUUGCAAGUGACUAUACGACUUCGUGGAAUGCUAUCAGCACAGAGCGACAGCCAAGGCCACUGAUACCGACCAUUCAGGUUGAACACCCAAUAAAUUACACAUUGAACAGGGAUGAUAUGAUUGUGGAGAAGCUUGUCAAUCACUUCCACACAGUAUAUAUGUACAAGUGCAAGGAGCAAAAACUCCACAUGGUGGCUGUGCUAAACUUGGAACUUCAUACGACCCAUAAACAGCUGUUGGAUAUAUUUUCUGCGAUGAGUCCCUCCGAGGCGAUUAUUCUGAAAGUGGAAGACUUACCUUUUGGGAUCGUCAAUUCGAGCAAAUUUAUUGAACGACGUGGGGUUGGUGUUGUUUUCUUUUCCGAAAAGGACUUUGCGAUGCUUGGAGUCGAGAAAUUGAACAACUUCGUCCCCAGUGGUCAACAUCAGCAGCUCACAGUUCGGUACUGUGGCCCGGAUGCAGCAUUACCCGCCCCUUCUGGAGCCACGGCCCUUGUGAGGAAUAACAUUAAGAGCCCCAACCCGGUACCACAAGUCCAGGCGCCGUGGAUUUUGCCUCCCUCGGAUUUGGAGAAAGUACAUGAGGAGAUGCGAUCGACUUACGGUCACUUGGGUCAGCGUUCGCAAUUCAUAGUGGCCAUCCACGGCCUCUGCAGUAGCACCGCAAUCGAGGUGCUUGAGAAGAACGUCAUGCGGGAGAACGGCCAGGCCUGUGAGCGGUGGCCCCCGAAAGAUCCACAAUUGCAGUCGCAACUGAAGUUUUCCAUCCCGUGGCGAUGCCGAAGUAUCAGUGCGGUGGUGUGGUAUUCUUCGGAAUACACUGCGAAGGCGGCGGUGCGAGACCUUAAUAACCGUAUCCCAGAAGGUCAGCAACAGAAGGUGAGUCUGUGUUUACUCGGGGCGCCAAAGUGUCAUCAACCGUAUUCCCCUUCCACACAGGAUAACCUCUUCCCUGCCGGUAUGCUAGACCAGAGGGACAAGGGAUCGCGAGUACUCAAGGCGCCCAAUUCCAGCGUCAACCUUUCCGUGGGGGGCCAAGUGAGAAAGGGAUCGAGAGUUGCUGGUGUCCCUUCAACUUCCCUAUUGUCUACCCGCAUGCCUGGAAACGACAAUGCUGUCAUUUUUGCCAAAAUUGAAGCGUACUUUUUAAGUAAAUUCAGCGAUGAGUAUGAUUUCUUUGUUGCAGUUCAUAAAUUAGAUAUUCAAACAGAUAAAAAAAACCUGCACGAAAUUUUUUACCCAAGUGGUGCGGUGGAAGUGGAGUUGUAUCCGGAUAUCGUCACCAUUGAUGGUAAGCCCCGCCGCAGUGGUGUUGCGCUUUUCUUAGCCAAAGAAACGGCACUAGAGGCGGCCAGUCGCUUUAAUGAUUUUGUUCCAAAUGGCCAAACACGUCCACUCUUGGUACGGUAUCUUGAACGUCGAAACACUAAUUAUCCACUCAUUGCGAGCGAAAGUGAUUUGAAUGCGUCCUAUAUUGAUAAGAAGGAAACUAUCUCUGAGAUGGCAACCGUCGCCUCAGAGACAGGAAGCGCUGAGCAUGGGAUGACUUCCUUGCGAUGCGCCGACCCAGGAGGUGCGUUUCGGGGCAAGAUGUAUUUCCCAUCGCAGCAGUCUCGGAAUGGAUCCCUGCCCUAUUCAACACCCCGUGCUCCGUUGAACAGCCUUGAGGACUUGCUCUGCAGCAUUCGGAGCCAAUUGUCCACACUUAAUCCGGAUGCCGAACUUUUGGAGGAAGCCAUGGUGAAUCUUGCAAAUCAUCCAGACAGCACAGAGGUCACUGGUGCUAAACUCGCUAAGCUGCUUGUCAACACACUUAUUAAGGCCAGACAUGAAUCUGUUAUGCUGUUGCCAAAACUAUCUGACGCCCUCUUGGGUUUACACGACCGGCUAGGAAUUCCGAAGCGCGACAUCAUGGAACUAAACGGCACCUGUAGCGACAGCCUAAAAGAAGAGGCACGGGGUGACAUGGAUAAAAGGAUCACCUUCGUAAAGCAGAUUGCCAAGGAGUUGCUGCUUUUGGUGACGCAAGAGGAAGUCCCGCCGCAGACACGGCGUGCAGCGGGAACUUUAUGUGCAUAUCUUUUCCAAUAUUCCUAUUUGCGUGAAAGUCCGUUCAAAUUUGCUGUGGAGUUCCUCACUAAGCGGCGAGCUGAGCAGAAACAGACUGUUGCGCCCAUAUCACGAGAUCCCCUUAUUAUCUCUGACAUUGAAAAAUAUAACCAAGGCCAGCCUUGGGUUCAUUUUAUUGUAUCUUUGGACGAUAUGACACGAUUUUGGCUGAAGGAUAAAUCUCGUAUAAGGUCUGAUGAUUAUGCGAUGCGAUAUCAGAAACUAAGGGCUGAGCUAUUGACGGAAAGCGAAUUGCUAUCAUCGGGCGCAAUGGCGAACUCAGUGAUCCCUAAUCACGAAAAAGGCACUAAAACAGAACCGUCUAUGCUGAGUCCAUGUGGAAACUUGAAUUACUCCAGCAGCAAAGAGGCAACUUCGGGUGUGACGUUUAACCGUGAUAGCAUAGGAGGCACCAACACUACCACAGCGCAAGGCAUCGGCUCUGCAAAUCUCCCCUCUACGAUGCUAACCCCAAGUGCGCGCCCCACACCCCUCCGCGUUACUAAGGGCUCUAUGACAAGUGGCAGCGGUAACAAAUACAAGCCGCCCCUUGAAUGCGCCCACAGCUCCGCACAGACGUUACCCCCACGUGUUAUGCUAACUCCUGGUAGUAAUCAAACCCAAGGAAUGUCCGCGAAUAUUUCCCUUGAGAGCAACGCUGAUCAGAGCUUGGCACGUGUUUACGCUUAUAUGUCUGAUCUGAAUGCUCAGAGCCCCGCCGCAGCACAUAAUUUCCAGCCCUUUCCCGGAGCCUCUGGUGUGGCAAGCAAGUGCAACAUUUCGCCGUCUUCGCGCUUCGCCGCGUCCGCCGAGGGGGGGGACCCCCAGGCGGUUUCGAACACCAACACUCGUUCCGGAGCGCCUAUGUCUGAAACCAACUCCAUAACGCUCCCUAACAUGGAUGCGGCAGUUGAGGUUACGCUACGACCUCCUCCUAUGGUGAUUAACCAUCGUUCCGACAUCAGCGAGUGCACCGUAUACAUUACCAAACUGCCCUCCUCCUUUACUGCUUCUCAGGUGCGUCGGCUGUUUUUGAAUUUUGGCUCCUUCACGAAGGUCCGUCUCUGCCACGACGACAAGGAAGGUGCCACGCAGGCUGCGGCAUCGUCGAAUCAGUCGAAUAGCUACGGGAAGUUAUGCUUUGUGUUCGUUGAAUUUGCCGAGAGUCCUAGUGCGAAGGCCAUUGUGGAGUACUUCCGUAACGCCUCUCACAUUCCGAAUGCGUUUGACUUUAUGCGGCAACCGUCCCACCCUAACCCAACCGGUGCCGCCCCUUCUUGCUCUUCCACGAGCGUGGAUACUCUAACAGUGGAGCAGAAGGCGCUCUUCGAAAGGGAUAUUAGGCUGCUAGCCGGAACACGCGCCAGCCCAGCUCGUAAACCUAUUCACGAUCAGCAAUACCUGGAUGCGGUGUUGCGUAUGCCCAACCUUUACGAGAUGACGAACCAUAAUAUCUCGCCAAAUGCAUCCGUCGUUGAGCGAGAGUGCCUUUUUGGAGUCUUGAUGCCCGACUUGGCGAUUGAGAACUACAAUAGCAACUCCCAUCCCGAACUUCGGCCUCCUCUGUCAUCCGUCCUCAGCAACAAUAUCAACAACAGUAAUCCUAUGGCUAAUAGCACGCCCCCAAUCGCUCCAGUGGAUGGUAAAGGGCAGGCAUUCGUGUCAAGCGUACCUCCCCAGCCGACACUUUGCGCGUCUAUGCCCGUGGCAAGCUCCACCCCAAUUUGCAACACGUUUAUUGACGAUGAUUCUGGUUACGAUCAGAGGGAGCUGGAUAUUCAUAUUCAGGGGUAUAUGGGCAAUUGGACGGCAUGUCCAUCGAUUUCCCACGAAGGAUCUUUGGGCUGUGGAACUAAAGUACCCCUUGUGGGUGUGAUUGGCGAUAGCGUUGAUGGAAUUGACACCAGGGUUGGACUAGAUUUUACACUGGAACCUUCCCUAACGGGGUAUAAUGAUAGUAGAAGCGAGGACAAUGAUAUCAAUCGUUCACCAGGGCAACCUCACAUUUGGACGAACUUCUCUUUUGAACGUGAGCAUGAGAGAGGGGAAUAA